AAGCAUUUGAAAAUUACAAUCAUUCCACAAUUAUUAUUAUCGUAAUCUGUAGAUAUAAUAGUACUUGAAUAAUACUCCUACUGAUUGAUUUGAUUCCCCUUGUUUCUCAAUUCCCGAGUCUCGAGGACUGGCAGGCAGGAACUCACUCCCUCACUCUCUAUAUAAGCUUGACUCUGGUCUCUUCUUACAUUCAACACCUUUGUCCAAUUCAGUCUAAUAAUAAUAAGAUUAAAUAUGAGAAAUCAAAUAUUCUCCCGUUUGCUCUCCUAUUCCGCCGCUAGAAAAUCGGCAUCAGCAGCAGCAGCUUCUGCUCUUCAGGCUCCUACUUAUAAGACAGCAGCACCCACAGCUUGGCCACACCGAUUUGCUGGAUCUUCUGCGUUCGCUCGAUAUGCUAGUUCAGAUGCAUCGUUGCGCAAUGAAAUUAAUGAUGAAGGAUUUAAGGGACAUGAUAUGUUGGCACCGUUUACUGCUGGGUGGCAAACUAGUGAUUUAAAUCCUCUCGUGAUAGCUAAAUCCGAGGGUUCCUAUGUCUAUGAUACAAGUGGAAAGAAGUAUCUUGAUUCUCUUGCCGGUCUGUGGUGCACGUCCUUAGGAGGUAGUGAGCCUCGUCUGAUUGAUGCUGCUGCUAAACAACUUAGCACACUGCCAUUUUAUCAUUCCUUCUGGAAUCGUACUACAAAACCAUCUUUGGAUCUUGCAAAAGAGCUUUUGGAUAUGUUUACUGCUUCUAAAAUGGCAAAAGUAUUCUUCACGAAUAGUGGAUCUGAAGCUAAUGAUACCCAGGUGAAGCUUGUUUGGUAUUAUAACAAUGCACUUGGGAGGCCAAACAAAAAAAAGUUUAUUGCUCGAGAAAAAUCGUACCAUGGAUCUACUCUUAUAGCAGCUAGUCUUUCAGGCCUUCCCGCACUGCACCAAAAAUUUGAUUUGCCAGCUCCAUUUGUUUUGCACACUGAUUGCCCGCAUUACUGGCGAUAUCAUCUUCCAGGUGAGACGGAAGAAGAUUUCUCAACCAGAUUAGCGAAUAACUUGGAAGAGCUUAUUAUAAAAGAGGGACCAGAGACGGUUGCUGCAUUUAUUGCAGAGCCGGUCAUGGGGGCAGGGGGUGUGAUACCACCACCAGCUACUUAUUUUGAAAAGAUUCAAGCUGUAGUGAAAAAAUAUGACAUUCUCUUUAUAGCGGAUGAGGUUAUCUGUGCUUUUGGAAGAUUAGGGACUAUGUUUGGCUGCGACAAAUACAACAUUAAACCAGAUCUUGUCUCUAUAGCAAAGGCUCUUUCUUCUGGAUACAUGCCAAUUGGUGCUGUUUUAGUGAGUCCAGAAGUUUCUGAUGUUAUAUAUUCUCAAAGCAAUAAACUGGGUACUUUCUCUCAUGGAUUUACCUAUUCCGGGCACCCUGUUUCGUGUGCUGUUGCACUUGAAACACUAAAGAUCUACAAGGAAAGAAAUAUAGUUGAUAGAGUGAAGAGUUUAUCUCCAAAGUUUCAAGAUGGUGUAAAGGCAUUUUCUGACAGUCCAAUAAUUGGGGAGAUAAGAGGAACCGGUUUGAUAAUCGGGACUGAGUUCGCGGAUAACAAGUCACCAACUAAUCCCUUCCCUCCAGAAUGGGGGGUGGGUGCAUAUUUUGGUGCACAGUGUGAGAAGCAUGGGAUGUUAGUUCGUGUUGCUGGUGAUAAUAUAAUGAUGUGUCCUCCGUUUAUAAUAACCCCGGAAGAACUUGAUGAGUUAAUAAGCACGUAUGGGAAAGCUUUGAAGGCCACCGAGGAAAGAGUAAAGGAACUCAAAGAUCAGAAGAAGUGAGCUGCGAAUAGUUUCAGUAAGAAAAGAAUGAUAAUUGCGAAAAAAUUCAGCCCACAAUUUGUGUAUAGGUGUUAAGUCUCUUUAAAAACAAGUUACUAAAUAUUGUAUGGUUUAUAAAAGAUCUCAGUUUGAACUUCA